AUAUGGUGACAAGGAUAUUGCAGCACAUACAGAAACAGAAGAACCAGACAUGCAAGACCGCGGAUUUACUUCAUGCUUUACGUGGCAAGAAAAAGACUUUAAAUGUGGAAUUAUAUAGACUACAGAGGCAGGGAGUUAUUAGAAAAAUACAAAAUGUUCCGCCUGUCUGGCAAAUGCAGGAUGCUCGGCCUUCGCACUCCGUGAUCAUGACCGGCCCAUCGAUGAUGCAGAGGAAUCGUCAGCACGAUGGUGUCUCGAGGGGUAGGGGGAGAGGACGAGGACGAGGAAGGGGAGUUAUUCGUGGACUUAAACGUGGAUUUAACUCUCAAAAUAGAAAUUCAUUCAAGAACAGUAGGCCAGUGGAUCCGGAAUCUAUAAGAGCUAUUCUGACCUUUCUACACACACAAAGAUCACCUGUCAAAGCUGCCGAUAUUGCAAAGUCACUUGGACUGUCCACUUCAUCUGAAGUUAAUCCUUUAUUGUACUGGAUGUUACACAAUGGACAAAUCCUUCAAGCAUCUAAGCAGCCAGUGUUGUGGACGGCACAACUUUAUGGGGAUCCAUCUGGUGUCACCAACAUCGAGACCCAGAGUGGGCCUUCAUUCAAUCCAGCUGAAUUUAAUUCAGAAGAAAUGUUCAGCAAUAUUGGUGAUGUUCAUUUAAAACUAGAGGAACCGUCUUUGCAGGAUACACCUCAGUCAUCUGGACAAUUUCUUGGUGCGAGCCAUCAAGGAUUAACAAUGUCUCCAAGCCGCAGUGAAGCAUCUUGGCCUUUUGGUAAUGACAGAAGUAGAAUGGAAAAUACUUCUGAUAGUGAGAGUGAGAAAAUGCAAGUGGAAGUUAAAUUAGAGCCUGAUGAAAGUGAAAAUGAUAUGAUGGUUAGUUGUUCAAGUGAUGAAAACAUUGGUAAAAGGGUUGAUGAAACUUCACCAACAGAUAAAAGAGGUGGUGUACAUGAUUGGACAAGUAGCCCAGAUAGAGUUGUGAUAAAACAGGGCAUAUCUCCAGGUAGUUGUACACCUGAGGUGAAAUCCGAGCCAAAAACAGCUUUCUCAGACGUAGACAAGUUAUUACAAACUCUGCUUGGAUGUCCAAUGAAAAUGGCAAAGAGUUUUGUGUUAGUACAUAAGAUGAAAAUUUCACAAGAAGAAGUCUCGGAAAUAAUUCAAGAGGCGAGGAGGUUGAAGUAUGUUAGAGACCAAGACGAAGUUUAUGUGUUGGACAAAAAGGGAGAGGAGUACAUUCGUGGUAAGUUAAUCAACUGCGGUGACGAGGAACAAGUUCAGAUCGGCUCCAAUAGACCAAACCUAAAUCCGCCACCGAAACGUGUGCCAUCUACAGGAAAACCAUUAAACCCGUUUGAGAUCUUAGGCCGAAUGGCACAUCCUUCAUCUGUGGGCAAUCGUUUGCCUUUCAAUGCUAAUACAGGUGUAGGGAUAGCAGAACCACGUAUGCUGAGUUUGCAACCAAUCAGGUGUACAGUAAACAAUUCAAUGUCGGUAGCAGGAUCUUGUCAGCCAAUGAAAGUUAACCAAACGGACUCUCUCAUAUCAAGACUGAUGAAAAUAUCGCAGUCGGAUACUGCACAACUCAAAUCAUCCUCAUCCUCAUCCUCAUUCUCAUUGCCACAUUCAUCACCUCAGACAUCUUCAUCCCCAUUUUCAUCUUAUCAGACACAAACACAAUCACCAUUCACAUCAUCUGAAACCUCCUCCCAGCAGUCCAGAGUUCAGCAAGGACCAGUACCUUUGAGACAGCCCACUCCACAGGGUAUGUCUCAGGGAUUUAAACUUCCUCCGGCUCCACUGGAGAUUGUUCGUCAGCAACUCAAACAGACUGAAAUCUCACCUUUAAGGGAUGCAUCUUCACCGAUAGAUUCAGGCCUUGCAAAUGCUGGCAUGCAGAAACUCCUGAAUGCCAGUUCCCAAAAUGCAAGAGCAUCUCCGCUAUUCCUAGGCAGGGGAGGUAACUCUUCUCAAGAAAUGUCCCAAUUACAGGGCCAACAACCACAUUCCUUACCAGUGACGGGAAAUUUCGCUAGUCCUCCUUCACUGUCGGGGCCACAAAGCCUCAGUCUUGACUUCUCUACAGAGAGUUUUGCUGCCCUCAACAAAAAUCCAGUCAGUGCUUUGAUGGAAUAUGCCCAGUCAAGGCACAAGGUUGCCAGGAUAGAAGUCAUCCGCCAGUCCGGCCCUUCUCACCGUCCAAAGUUUCAGAUGGGAGUGUUUAUCGGUAACGAACAGCUGUCGACUGUGACGUGUACCAACAAAAAAGAUGGCAGGAAAGAAGCGGCAGAUAUGGCACUCCGGGCUCUAAUCGUGGAAGGAAAAUAUAACACAGAAAAAAUUCCAACCAAGAAUGUCGUCCCUGCAUCACAGAUGACUCACUUUGACCGUGUGGCCGCCCUGACUCACCAGCACUUCAAUUCCCUUGUGGCCACCAUAGCUGACAACUUUGCUGGCCGUAAGGUCAUUGCCGGGCUUGUGAUGAAGACAUCUGAUGCUGACCUUGGCACUGUCAUAUCCAUAGGAACAGGUAACAGAUGUAUAACUGGUCAGCAGCUGAGUCUGGAGGGAAACACGGUCAACGACUCUCACGCUGAAAUCAUCACUCGUCGGGGCUUCAUUAGGUUCCUGUAUAAAAAGUUGCUGACCUUUGAACCCAAUGGCCCUAAUGGUUUCUUCGUGAAGUCACCGUCAGGAAAGCUAAAGAUAAGGGAUGGUAUAACUUUCCACCUUUAUAUUUCUACUGCACCAUGUGGGGAUGGUGCUCUCUUCUCUCCCAGGGAUUCUGCCUCCAACAAUACUCCAUUAGAGACAUUGAAAGACAGGACCCACCAUCCAACAUUCACCAGCCAGGUACAGGGGCUACUCCGCACCAAGAUGGAGGGAGGGGAGGGAACCAUUCCAGUUGAACCAGACUUCACCGUACAGACAUUUGACGGAAUCCAGAGAGGCGAGAGGCUGCGGACCAUGUCCUGUACAGACAAAAUUUGUCGAUGGAAUGUCGUUGGUAUGCAGGGAGCUCUUCUCAGUCACUUUUUAGAACCCGUCUACCUAGAUUCUCUAACACUCGGAUUUCUAUUUGACCCUGGUCAUCUGGCCCGAGCUGUAUGCUGCCGUGUGAAUCGCGGUGACAUGGACAUCAAUACAAUGCUGCCUCAGGGCUACCAGCUGAAUCACCCGUGGUUAGGGCGCGUAACUGCUGUGGAGCCAUCCCGCGAGACACAGAAAACGAAGGCUCUCAGCAUCAACUGGUGCUACGGAGACGACAAGCCAGAGGUUACAGAUGGAACACAGGGCCUGUGUUACACAAGUAUCGAGAAAGCAUUAUUCUCUCGUUGUACCAAGAAGAACUUGUAUGACAGUUUUAAACAAGUGUGUAAAAAGUUCGGACAUCAGGAGCUUUUACAGUACAAAACAUACAAUCAGGCCAAAAUGGCUGCCACAGACUUCCAGCAAGCAAAUAAGUUGAUGCUGAAGAAAAUGACGGAAAACAGUUAUGGCACCUGGGUAUCUAAACCUGUCGAAGAAGAAAUGUUCAGCUGAUUACGCCAAACAGAAUCCCACGACCUGUGGGAAACUAUGGAAGAUUUCUAGCAGGUAACUAACGGUUACUGGAGUUUAAAGUAGGCUCCUCAUAGUUACCAAAGCUUGCAAGUGAGUAACUCCUGGUUACCAAAGCUCUCCAUUGGGUAGCACAUGGUUACUGACUCUUUGAGGUACCUAGCUAAUGGAGUUGUAAGGAUAUUAGUUAAGUGCCUACUGGCUUGCUAAAUUCAACAUCUUCCUUCAGUUGCUGAAGCUCUGUAGUAGGUACCCAUGGUUACUGAAGAUUUCUAGUGUGUAACCCAUGGUUACCAAAGUUUUCCAGUGAGUAACUCUUGUUACUGAAGUUUUUCAGUAACACAUGGUUACCAAAGAUCGAUGUCCAGCGAGUAACCCCAUUGUUACCAAAGAUUUUCAGUGAGUAACCCCAUGGUUACCAAAGCUUUCCUGUGAGUAACCCCAUGGUUACCGAAGCUUUCCAGUGAGUAACCCCAUGGUUACCGAAGCUUUCCAGUGAGUAACCCAUGGUUACCAAAGUUUUCCAGUGAGUAACCCCAUGGUUACCGAAACUUUCCAGUGAGUAACCCCAUGGUUACCAAAGCUUUCCAGUGAGUAACCCCAUGGUAACUAAAGCUUUCCAGCGAGUAACCCCAUGGUUACCGAAACUUUCCAGCAAGUAACCCCAUGGUUACCGAAACUUUCCAGCGAGUAACCCCAUGGCUACUGAAGUUUUCCAGUGAGUAACCCCAUGGCUACUGAAGUUUUCCAGCGAGUAACCCAUGGUUACGCAAGUUUUCCAGUGGUUACUCUAGAUAUGAUCACGUAAUACUUGUCACAUGAGACAUCCAGUUCUCCAGCACAUGACUCAUCGUUACAAAAGUUGUCAUUUGGAGAAUUGGAAUGCUAACCAGAAACCCUGUUUCUAACGUUAAAAUAAAUGACAUUCACUGUGGUGUAAAAACUGUGAAUUCACCACAUUCUAGUGAGAUGAGAAUUUGAAUACUCCUACCCCAGUAGCAGGUCAAUCUGUGUUGACCAAACUUAUAUUUGCUACCAUAUUUAUCCUGCAAUAAGCCCAUGCCCGGUAACAAGACCAGCCACAUACAUUGUAUAUAGUUCACUAUAGAUCGAAAUGCUGACAAAUGCUGUAUCUUUGUCUUGAAAUUUAAAAGCCGACACCCCAACCCACCUUUAAAACUUAGAUUUUCAAAGAUUUGAUAUGCAUUUUCUCCUGGGCUUAAUGCAGGAUAAAUAUGGUUAUAUUUCAAACUCAAUUUAUACAACAGUGGCACUAUUAGUUUUGUUUAUGAAAAUACGAUAUAGUUGAUCAUUCUGUAAUUAUCUGUCAAAUUAUAUUUUGAUGUUCAUCUCGUUAUUGUUGCAAUGUACAGAUCAUUAAUUUCUAUCAGAAUUUGAUUUGAUAGCCAUAUGGGAUGUAGUCUCUUUGAAUAAGUUUAUAAAAUAUACUUAGAUAAGUACACAUUUUAAUUGUAAUCUGUGAAAUUAUUUCACUUGAUAUGUUGGACCCUCAAAAUUAUUGUUAAAAAAUUCCAUACUUAGUGUUUAAUUAGAUUGAAAACCUUCAGGUUUAGAAUUUAAUGGUCCUGGAACUUCUGUGUUUUAUAUACAUGUAUAUUAUAUAAAUAUAUAUAUAAUAUGUUCAUAUAGAGGGACCAAUAUGGCUUAUAUAUUUUACUGUAAAAUUUGAUGUUUGAAUUUUAGAUAUUAAGAAACAUUUUUUGGGGCAAAAUCUUGGAACUUACAACUUGAAAGUAUUGUUUUCUGUUCUGUAUGUUUCACAGUAAAUCCUGUGAUUGCUUUAAAUUUUAAUUAUUUAUUAAGUUAAAUAAAAUGUUUUGAAAAGCAUUAUAGAGCUUAAAAUAUGAAGUAAAAAACAACGUUGUUUUGAAAAGCAUUAUAUAGAGCUUGAAAUAUUAAGUAAAAACAUUGUUUCGAAAAGUAUUAUAGAUCUCAAAUUAGUUUAGUUAUAUUUUGAAUGAAUUCACACAAUUAGAGAUACUGUACUAGGAAAAAAUAACUUGAUAUUAAGAUUGUUCAAAAUUUAUCUCAGUUUUGAUUUUCUCUUAAAUCUACUGAGUAUUAAAGAUUAUGAACUUUUUUGGAGAAAAUUUGCUUUUAUGUAUAGCCACAUGAUACAGAUGGAUAUGACAUGAACUUUAGCUCCGCCGACAAUUUAUGGUGUUCAGCAUUCACUGUUAUUUCUUGUGGGGCCUGCAAAGUUUUGAAUAACUAUUAUAUCCUAAUUCUUAGUAGUGCUAUAUCAUAUACAGUCUGUGUUAUCAAUAGAGAAGGAGAUUUCUGAUUGAACGUCUACUUUUGAGUACAGCACGUAGGAGUUAUCCCUCCUGUGAUGAAUAUUUUCAUCGUUAUUUUGAAAUAAAAUAUAAUCACUUUUUUGAAAAAUUGCAUGUUUUUCAAAAAAGUCUAAAUAACUAGAAAAUUACAGUAAUUUUUCUUCAAAGCAAUUGGUGGUAAAAAGAUCAUUUAAUGUCAGUUUUCAUGAUAUUCGUUAAUUAUGUCCUGGUCGUGUUGUAUCCCCUUCAAUAAAUAAAAAUUAACCAAUGUGCAACCACCUGCACAUUCACCCAUGCAUUCAUUACUGAAUAGAUAUUUUAAUAAUAUACUGGUUCUGCCUUCUUUAUCGGGUUUGUACCAGUUAUACCGGUACAAAUCUGCUGUACUCAUAAUGGAAUGCGGUAUACCCGCAAAACCAAACUGGUACGCAUGAAACAUACUUCUUGAAUCCAAGAUUCGGAACUGCAAUUCCUAUUUCUUAAUGCAAACAUACUUUUUGAAACCGAGAUGUGGAAUCUUCAUUUGCGAUGAAAAAAUAGAAAAAAUAAACAGAUUUUAUGUUUGAAGUGUAAGACAGUCGUCAUCUUCGGAACUCACUCAAGAUUCAAUAAUGUUCCAUUAAUAUGGUACUGUGCUUAAUUAUUUGGUACAAUUAGUACGAACCAAUUAAUUAAAGAAAGGCAGGACAGGUAACUGACAGGGAAUGAAAGAAAAAAUAAAAGGAAAUAAAUGACAUGGAGAAACUGAUUUUAAUGAUGAUACAGAUAUGUUAUUAUGAAUAGAGAAUUCAAAUGUUAAACAUUAAUUUGUGAUAUUUGUAAUUAUUUCUUGGGUGGUCGGGUUGCACUGUGGUAAAACACUUUGCAUUCACCUAGGUGUUCAGGGUUCAAAUCUUCGAUCAGACGUGAAAAGGUAUAGCUGUCGCCUUCCCGACCAUGUGGGUUUUCUCUGGGUACUCCGCUUUCCUCCCACAUUAAGACCCCUCAUGUGCUUCAUUCUGGAUCAAUAAGGGUGAUUAACAUAAGUUGGUAUAACUUGUUUUCUAAAAAUAAAAUAUAUGAAGUUUCAUUUACGAUAUUGAUUCCUAUUUUGUUCAAUCUAAUUAAAAUUAGACUUGUUAUUUCUGCUCUUUUACGAUAAUCUAUAAUACACUGCAAUACAGUGGAGCAGAAAUAUUGCAGUGUAUCGUAAAUUAGCGUAGAGGAGAGGAAAUUACAAGUCUAAUCUUAAUUAGAUUGCUAUUUUGAUUGAUUGUUAAAGCAGAAACAAAAAGUAUCUUGCCCCUUAGUUAAUUAAUAUGGUACAUUUUUAGCCAAGUUCAAUUUGUGUGGUUAUUUUUAGACAACAAUCUGAUGAUGGUUGGCUAUUCAAAUCGCCCUGCAUCUGUGGUCCCUCUGUCCCUCCAUAAACAAUUCUUGUUCUUGCAAUUUUUCUGGAAGUACUGAUGGGAUCUUACUCAAAUUUCCUAUGUAGGUUUCCCUUGGUCCCUAGUUAUGCAUAUUGCAUGAACAACAAGAAGCCAUCUUGUUUUUUGACAAUUGAAGUUUGUUACAACUGGAUCCCAAAUUUAAGUACUAAAUGGUCUUUAUGGGUCUUUCACAAAUUUGAAUGUAGAGGUUGCGCUUGGUCUCCAGUAGAGUUUGGAAGCCUGAUUGAAAGAACUAAAUGGGUGACAAAGAGUGUGGCCAUCUUGGAAUUUGACAAUUGCAUGUUGCUCCUGCUGUAUAUAGAGUUAGCUAUGAUAUGUUUUGAAGGGAAAAGAAGAGAAAAGAUUGGUCUUUCAUUUGACUGAUAUGGAUCAUUCAAUGGUGGGCGCCAAGAUCCCUCUGUGAUCUCUUGUUGUAUUAAGAGGAUUGAGAUAUUAGUAAAUUCCACUUUUGAUAUCUAAAGCUUUCUGUAGAUAUUACUUGAAAAAGAAGUCUGCUGACUUACAAUAUAUUCAAUAUGAUGUGUUUAUAGUCUAUAGAUAAUAUUUUGCUUAAAUUCCACCAUUCUGUAAAUAAAUUUCAGGUUAUGUGCAUAUAAUAAUACCAAGGGGAAUAUUCCGCACAAAUCAAGAUAAGAUGCUUUUAAUUUCUAUAAAAAAUUGUACAAGCCUUUAAAUUAUCUACUUAUAUGUUCUUAUUGAAAUUGAACACCUAAAAAAACAAAUAUUUAUUUUGUGGAAAUUCUUUAUAGAUCUAGCUACAUGUAGAUGGAUUUACAAAAUCAUUCAUAUCGCCCUGAAUUCGUCAAUAAACAGGUUUGUGUUGUAUAAGCCAGACAGUAUGAAAUUUUAAAAUUGAUAGGAAAAAAGCCUAACGAAGCAAUGAAGUUGCGAUCCGAGCAUAAAGUUGACAGUGUACAUACUUGUGAAUUAAACCUAACUGCUUCGCAUUAAAUCUACGUCCAGUGAGACCUCAGUCCUGGGUUCUGCAGUGUGCUAUAUUUUGGACAUCUAAUUUCAUAUUUACUGGCCACUGAAAAAAUAUUUUGAUUCUGACAAUAGCUUUAAAAUCAUUAGAAAGAGCUCAGAAAUGUACAGAACAGACAGACAUUUUGCAUCUUGUGCAGACUAUUCCUUUAAAAGAGGGUCGCUCUUUAAAUGACAAUUUUUAAUUGUAUCUUACUGUUAAACGGUGUUAAAGGAUAAUUUUACAUAUUUAGAAGUGAAACCCAAGUUUAUAUGCCAAUUAUGAACUUAUAAUUGUCAAGAUGGGACAUGCAUGCCGUACAUAAAAUUGGCUUUGACUAAUUACAAAAAUAAUUAGCUAAUUUCCUGCAUAAUACAUGAGUUUGCUCCGAGGACCUUAACAAAUGCUUUGUUUUUGUCCAUAGUCAUCAUCAUCAUUCAUCAUCCGCACUUUCUGUCAAAUUUCUAUAAAAUGUCUUGUGGUCAGCCAUCAUCAUUUUUUGUCAUGCAUGUAGAUAUAUUUCUUCUGGAGUUGUUUCCUGAAUGGGGAAAAAAUCCACAUCUUUUGUGUAAUAAAGAUAUAUAUAUGUAUAUAUAUAUAUAUUACAACAUUAUAAAUUUGAAAUACUUAUUGUGGCACUCUCAAAUUUGAGUGCAUCACUGAUUUUAGAUAGUCUUAAAAUAAAUAAUUGAUAAAUAAAUGUAUAAACCAACGUAGAAUCAUAAUUUAGUGAAAAAAGCUUUGAAAAUAUAUAGUAUUACCCACAGGGGCUUGACACAUUCCUAUGGCCCAGAAUGAAAAAUAAUCCAAAGACCCGACCCCCUAGAUCGCUUAUUAUUGACAAUUAAUUAGUGACCUAAGGGGUGGGGCCUUCGGGUUGAUUUUUCAUUCUGGGUCAUAGGAACAUGUCAAGUCCCUGUGUCUUAUUGUGUAACAUGUGGUAACUGAUAAUUGAGGAAGUGGUAGUUUUAUCCAAUAUUUCAUUUGUGAAUGUUUCUUUGGAAUAACUCUGACUCACAUAUUGAAACUUCGCUGGUAUAUUAAAUAGGAUAAUUAUUUUCGCUGACUUGAGACCUACUUUAAUAUCAUUUUGAAGUAUAUCUUGUAAAAUGUAUGAAAAAGAAAAUUAUUGAUAUAAGAACUACCAACUUACAUGGUACAAGUAGAAGUAGAUUGAAUGUUGCUUCGGUCGAUUUCAUCUGGUGAUGAAUUGAGUUGCUCUGUAAAGCAGUUCAUUUUGAAUUUGUCUCGAGAGCAACUAAAUUCAUCACCCCAUGAAAUCGACCAAGCAACAUUCAAUCCUUAUAUUUCAGUUAACAUGCAUUUUAACAUCUUAACAAAUUGAUGGAGUACAAGUCUUCAGUAUCUAGAACUUGUGCAAGUCUAAUAGUUGAAUUUUUUUCAAACACGCAGAUUGAUGUUAAUCUGGUUAGAUUUAUGGACAAAUGAAACAUUAAAUUUGAAAGUUUCAUCGAGUCCAACUUGAAUAGCAAUUUAAAUAUAAUAUCACUGUAAGGAAUACCGAAGUCUUAAUUAUAAAGAGACCAUAACUUCCUCAUUCCCUGUAAAACAGAUUACUGACUAUACCUUUGUUAAAGAGACCAUUUUCAUGCUUACCUUUGGAAGGUGUCACUGGUAUAUCUUCCCUCAUUUUGAAUUUGAGAUGUUCGUCUUAAUGAUUUCUUCUCUAAAGCUUUAAGAAUUGUUUUGCUAUUGUAAUACAGCAGGUUAAGUUUGAAGGUAGUCUGAGUUUCCUCAAGGCCUGACACCAUGUCUGGUGUAGAUAUGGUGUCAGGGCCGGAGGAAACUCGGACUAGGCAGCUGAAGGGUUAUGAUUAUUUAUCAGCAAUUUGAUUUUUGUCCGUUUUAUUGACCACAACGCAAAUACAAAAUUUAAUCUUUGAUAUACAAUAGUUAUAUCCCUUCAUUCAGACUACCAGGUAAAGUAUGGCUGAUAUUCGUUAUAUAAGUAUCCUCUAUACAAAUUUGGAUGUUGUCAAACUUGUAUUCAAAGGCCACCUGCAUAAACUUCAAGUGGUCUCUUAUGGCAGGUGGUCUCUUAAUACAAGUUAAAUUGACAUGGAAAUAGCUGUGAUGUAGAGUUCUGAAAACGGUGGCUACAUAUAGGUGGCCUCAUUAUAGAGGUGGUCUCACAGACAGGUUUCAUUGUAUUUGUGUUUUGUUUUACUGAUACAAAAUUUGAGCAAAUACAUAAACAUGUGUUAUCAAAAGAUUUUGAGUAUUUGUUUUGUUUUGUCUGUGAAUAAAGGUGCUUAUUUUUUCUUA